AAUAGCCCCGACCAAAUUCCUAAACCAAACCGAGACUCUCCGAUCUCCAUAGUUGCAGUCAUCACGCCGGCGGCGGCAAAUGGCGGCGAGCACUAGAGCCCUCUUCCUCUCCUGCUUCCACGGCGGCGGCUCCGAGGUGAGCCGCCACCUCGCGCUGCGGCCGCGGUACCCGUCCAUUCCGCGGCGCCCGAGGUCGUCCUUGAUCUCCGGAGAAGGAGAAGGAGGCAGCGGAGAUCUGGAGGCCGCGGCGGGGGCGGAGAAGGAGGAGGAGGAAAAGGUGGCGGUGUUCGCGGUGUCCGGUAUGACGUGCGCCGCAUGCGCGGGUUCGGUGGAGAAGGCCGUGAAGCGUCUCCCGGGCAUCCACGAAGCCGCCGUCGACGUCCUUGGGGGCCGCGCGCAGGUCGUCUUCUACCCGGCCUUAGUUUCGGAGCACAAAAUUAGGGAAACUAUCGAGGAUGCUGGUUUUGAAGCUAAGCUGAUUGAUGAGGAGGUCAAAAAAAAGAACAUUCUAGUAUGCAGGCUUCAUAUAAAAGGAAUGACCUGUACGUCUUGCGCAAGCACAGUUGAAUCUGCCUUGCAAACUUUUCCUGGGGUACAAAGAGCUUCAGUUGCAUUGGCCACUGAAGAGGCAGAAAUCCGUUAUGAUCGCAGGAUUGUUGCUGCUAGCCAACUGGUCCAUGUAGUGGAAGAAACUGGCUUUGAAGCAAUAUUAAUCACCACAGGAGAAGAUCAGAGCAGGAUUGACCUCAAAAUGGACUGCGUUCUCAACGAGAGGUCAAUAAUGUUAGUGAAAAGCUCUGUCCGAGCUCUUCCUGGUGUGGAAGACAUAAAAGUCGACACUGAGUUACACAAGGUCACCAUCUUAUACAAGCCUGACCAGACAGGUCCCCGCGACCUCAUCGAAGUCAUUGAGUCAUCCACAUCUGGUCACAUUACUGCAUCAAUAUACCCAGAAGCAGAUGGAAGGGAGCGGCGUAGGUAUGGGGAAAUCAAGCGAUACAAGCAGUCUUUCUUGUGGAGCUUAAUAUUCACCAUUCCUGUGUUUCUCACCUCCAUGGUGUUCAUGCACAUCCCUGGGCUGAAGGACGGGCUUGAAAAAAAGGUUGUCCACAUGAUGAGCAUUGGUGAACUAUUGCAGUGGAUUUUGUCGACACCAGUCCAAUUUGUAAUUGGCCGCAAAUUUUAUGCUGGUGCGUACAAGGCAAUGCGCCAUGGUUCGCCGAACAUGGACGUGCUCAUUGCUCUAGGGACUAACGUAGCUUACUUCUACUCAGUUUACUCGGUUCUCCGAGCAGCCACCUCUGAGGAUUACAUGGCAACUGAUUUUUUUGAGACUAGUUCCAUGCUCAUAUCAUUUAUCCUUCUUGGAAAGUACCUUGAGAUCUUGGCAAAAGGAAAAACCUCUGAGGCUAUUGCCAAGCUGAUGGAUCUUGCACCUGAAACUGCAACAUUGCUGAUACAUGAUCAAGAAGGAAAUGUUGUCGGAGAUAAGGAGAUUGACAGCAGGUUGAUUCAGAAAAAUGAUGUGAUCAAAGUAGUCCCAGGUGGAAAAGUUGCUUCUGAUGGCUUUGUUAUAUGGGGCCAGAGCCAUGUGAACGAAAGCAUGAUCACUGGAGAAUCACUGCCAGUGGCAAAAAGGAGGGGUGACACUGUAAUUGGAGGAACAGUGAACGAGAAUGGUGUGCUCCACGUCCGUGCAACAUUUGUCGGAUCAGAGAGCGCGCUGGCGCAGAUUGUAAGGCUGGUAGAGUCAGCGCAAAUGGCAAAAGCUCCAGUCCAGAAGUUUGCUGAUCAGAUAUCUAGAGUCUUUGUCCCGUUGGUCAUCGUUCUUUCUUUGCUUACCUGGCUUGCGUGGUUCUUAGCGGGGAGGCUCCAUAGCUACCCUAACUCAUGGAUACCAUCUUCUAUGGAUAGCUUUCAGCUAGCUCUUCAGUUCGGAAUAUCUGUUAUGGUGAUCGCCUGUCCUUGUGCCUUAGGGCUUGCAACUCCAACUGCUGUGAUGGUUGCAACUGGAGUCGGUGCCUCGCAAGGCAUUCUGAUCAAGGGUGGGCAAGCUCUUGAGAGUGCACAUAAGGUGGACUGCAUCGUUUUUGACAAGACAGGGACAUUAACUACCGGGAAACCUGUUGUCGUCAGCACAAGGCUUCUAAAAAACAUGGUUUUGCGUGAUUUCUAUGACUAUGUUGCAGCAGCAGAGGUCAACAGUGAGCAUCCACUGGCGAAGGCAAUAGUAGAACAUGCCAAGAAGUACCACUCAGAAGAAAGCCACAUCUGGCCUGAAGCAAGGGAUUUCAUUUCAGUAACCGGACAUGGUGUCAAGGCGAAAGUUAGCGACAGAAGUGUCAUUGUGGGAAACAAGAGCUUUAUGUUAUCAUCAGGCAUUGAUUUCCCCAUGGAAGCCUCUGAAAUUCUCAUGGAAGAAGAGGAAAAGGCGCAGACUGGGAUUGUCGUGGCUAUGGAUCAAGAAGUUGUGGGCAUAAUCUCCGUAUCUGACCCUAUAAAACCAAAUGCCCAUGAAGUGAUAUCGUACCUCAAGUCCAUGAAUGUGGAGAGUAUAAUGGUGACUGGGGACAACUGGGGGACUGCCAAUGCCAUUGGCAAUGAGGUUGGUAUUGAAAAGAUUAUUGCCGAAGCGAAACCAGAGCAGAAGGUUGAGAAGGUGAAGGAACUUCAGUCCUCUGGAAGAAUAGUUGCAAUGGUUGGCGAUGGAAUCAACGACUCCCCAGCACUUGUCUCAGCUGACGUAGGCCUGGCAAUCGGCGCAGGAACGGAUGUCGCCAUUGAAGCGGCCGACAUUGUCCUCAUGAAGAGCAACUUAGAGGAUGUGAUCACUGCUAUCGAUCUGUCAAGGAAAACCUUCUUCCGCAUACGGAUGAAUUAUGUCUGGGCUCUGGGCUACAACAUCACCGGCAUACCAAUAGCUGCAGGGGUGCUCUUCCCAUCGACCCGGUUGCGCUUGCCUCCAUGGGUUGCUGGCGCUGCAAUGGCAGCUUCGUCCGUAAGUGUCGUCUGUUGGUCCCUGCUGUUGAGGUACUACAAGAGCCCAAAGAAGUUUGGAAAUUGAUGACAGAGGAGAGAUGAUCGUACCAUUGGCAUAAAAUAAGCUGUAGAUAGCAAUCGCUCCUGGUGUAGUAGUACUUAGUGAGUGAUAAGUGAACAUCCUGGAGUUUACAAGGGCUGCUAGCAAUUGCGUAAAAGAAGCUGUACAUAUCCGUUACGCAAGUAUGAAUUUUAGAUACGAUUUACCUGUAAAUUAGCGAGUUAUCACUAGGGUUAUGAUGGAGUUCGAUUACAAGAAUAACAGUGGAUUUGUACGCACAUUUGCAUAGUUCCAUGGUUCUUCUAUUCGCUGGAUAUGAAUAUGUUGGUCUGUCCGCCAUGAUCUA